AUGCAUUUGGGGAUUGAUGCCAGAAACAAAGAGCUGGAAAUGUCGUAUUUGUGCCUAAAAAAGAAUCCAAAGUCAUACCCUUCUUGGCAUCACCGCCAAUGGGCACUUUCGGCGCUUUCGAUGGGAGGGCAUCGUCCUGUUUCUGGCCGCUCAGCAAUUGAUGUCGAAUGGAACAAUGAAAUCCGUCUUUUGAAAAAGCUACUGGCAGUAGAUGGGAGAAAUUUUCAUGCAUGGAAGUACUUGCAUUGGGUUUGCGGCCAAAUUGACGCAAAGACUCUUUUUGAUGCACAAAUUAGCAGCCCAUCCUAUCCACCCGCCAGAUCGGGCUCUAAAAUUUUUGCCUGCAUCAUAAACGAGUGUCUUGGUGUGAACUUUUCUAAUUAUUCAGCAUGGCACUAUCUUUGUAGACAACAUCCAAAUAAAGAAAAGAUAUUAGAGCAAUCUAGGAAUGCCGUUUUUACUUCACCGUUUGACCAGUCUGCAUGGUUCGCUUAUAACAGCAUAUUGAAGACAGUCAGCCAUGAAGACAUCAAACUAGAAAUAGAACUUCUAGAGGAGCUGCGAAAGGAGGAGCCAAGGUGUCCCUAUUUGCUUCUAACUCUCGUUGGUGCCUCCAAUCUGCUUCAUGACCACAGGUAUGGGGCAGAAUAUAAAAGUUCUCUUUUUUCUUCGCUUAAAGAAAUCGACCCCAUGCGAGUAGGAAUGUAUGCCCAUCUUUCUGCUGGACAAUAA